AUGGUUAGUGCAAAUUCGGCAACUGCCCUCAUUCCCGCAAGUAAAAUUUGGUGGGCUUGGUCCGAUGAGCUUUUUAAUAUUCAUACAUGUAAUUUAACAUCUGCAGGGGAUUUAGACCCUCUUGACGAUACGUGUGGUUCUGCUCUUAACAUUUCACUUUCUGAUAGUGCGUCUACUUUAUUUAAAUUAUACAUGUGGCGAUUUGUCAACAAAACUACUCCAUUACUUAAUCCGGACGACUUUGUACUUACGUCAAUUACAAUGAGCACCACUUGUAAUUUACCAUGCGAAAGUGGAAAGAUAGUCUCUGGAAGAAAUUAUUAUUAUGUUUUGGCGAUAAAGAAUUUUAGUAAUGAACCAAAAAAAGUUAAUUUUGAGGUUCCAUGGCAUAUUGAAUGUGAUUCAAGUAAUUCUAAUAAUUCUAGUAAUUCUAAUAAUUCUAGCAAUUCUGAUAAUUCUAACAAUUCUAAUAAUUCUAACAAUUCUAUUAAAAUUGGUUCUAGUUCUAGCGGCAGUCCUCAUAAUUUUUAUUUAGUAACACUAGUAAUUUUAGUAACAAUAGCAACUCUAUUAUAA